UGUACUCCUCAGAGCAGAGGAGGAAGAUCUGCUGUGCUCACACAAACCACACACACACCUGCGUGUGAGCUAAGAGCGGAGUGGAACACCUGAGAGGACCGGCAGCAGCAGACCUUGCACCAUGGACUUCCUGCUCCAGCUUCUGUUCUCGCCCCUCCCGACCUCGGCCAUCGUCUCGCUGUUCGCCCUGGCAGCUGGCGUCGUGUUCUACCUGCACACCCGGCCCAGCCCCCUGCCCAGCCCCAUAGACCUCCACCACCAGUCUGAGGGCAUCAAGGAUGGAGCGAGGAAGAGUAUGUUGCUUGAAGAUAACAACAACCUAAUUUCGUAUUACCAUGAAGACGCCAAGACACUCUAUGAGGUCUUUCAGAGGGGCCUUAAGGUUUCAGGUAACGGACCAUGCUUGGGCUACAGAAAAACUGGGAAGCCGUACCAGUGGCUGAAGUACAAACAGGUGUCUGAUAGAGCGGAGCACCUGGGGUCAGGGCUUCUUCAUAAAGGACUGAAGCCCAACUCUGACACUUUUAUCGGCAUCUUUGCACAGAAUAGACCUGAGUGGAUUAUUGGCGAACAGGCCUGCUACACCUACUCCAUGGUAGCAGUUCCCCUGUACGACACCCUGGGUCCUGAAGCUCUCGUGUUCAUUAUCGACCGAGCGGAGAUCUCCACAGUGCUGUGCGACAAUGAGAAGAAAGCAGAAACACUGCUGCAGAGCCGAGAGGAAGGCCAGACUCCAGUCCUCAAAACCAUCGUCAUCAUGGACCCCUUCCCCUCUGAGCUGGUCGAGCGGGGAACCAAGUGUGGGGUGGACAUCGUGUCCAUGCAGGAUGUGGAGGCUUUGGGGAAGAGUAAUCACCAAGAGCCAAUUCCACCAAAGCCAGAGGAUCUCAGUAUUGUUUGCUUCACCAGCGGCACUACAGGAAACCCCAAGGGAGCGAUGUUGACCCAUGAGAACGUGGUCUCUGAUGUUGCGGGUGUCAUCAAGAGCAUAGAAGUUGCAGGUGGUCCAACCACUGAGGAUGUCAGCAUUUCCUUCCUGCCUUUAGCACACAUGUUCGAGAGAGUGGUACAGGUGGUGAUGUAUGGUGCUGGGGGUAAGGUGGGGUUCUUCCAGGGAGACAUCAGACUGCUGCCAGACGACAUGAAGGUGCUGCAGCCCACCAUCUUCCCCGCCGUGCCUCGACUCCUCAACCGCGUCUACGACAAAGUUCAGAAUAGCGCCCAAACCUCCUUCAAGAAGUGGCUGCUGAACUUCGCUGUGGAGAGCAAGUUUGCUGAAGUGAAGCAGGGCAUCGUCAGGAAGAACAGCAUCUGGGACAAACUAAUCUUCCACAAAGUCCAGGAGUCUCUGGGGGGGCGAGUUCGGGUCAUGGUGACGGCGGCAGCACCCAUCUCUCCAUCUGUGCUCAACUUCCUCAGGGCGUCUCUGGGCUGCCAGAUCUUCGAGGCGUACGGACAGACGGAGUGCACCGCCGCCUGCACCUUCACCAUGCCGGGAGACGCCACCUCAGGGCAUGUUGGGGGGCCGCUGCCUUGUAAUGUGGUGAAGUUGGUGGAUGUCGAAGAAAUGAACUACUUUGCUUCAAAUGGAGAAGGAGAGGUGUGUAUCAAGGGUAAAAAUGUGUUCAAGGGGUACUUGAAGGACCCAAAGAUGACUGCAGAGGCCCUGGAUAAGGACGGUUGGCUCCACACCGGAGACAUCGGGAAAUGGCUUCCGACUGGAGUUUUGAAAAUAAUCGACCGGAAGAAGAAUAUCUUCAAGCUGUCUCAGGGGGAGUACAUUGCACCGGAGAAGAUUGAGAACGUCUACGGACGCAGCGGAACUGUGGCCCAAGUGUUUGUGCACGGAGACAGUCUACAGUCCUGCCUGAUCGCCAUCGUGGUCCCUGAUCCCGACACCCUGCCAGGUUUGGCAAAGAGUCUUGGGUGCAAAGGCUCCAUUGAAGAACUCUGCAAAAACACGGAAAUUAAGAAAGCCAUUCUGUCAGACAUGACUAAGCUGGGCAAAGAGGCAGGACUCAAGUCCUUUGAGCAGGUAAAAGAGGUGUACCUCCACUCAGAGCAGUUCACCAUUGAGAACGGUCUGUUAACGCCAACCCUGAAGGCCAAGAGGGCCGAGCUCAAAAACCUCUUCCAGCCACAGAUCGACAAACUGUACGCUAACCUCUAAUAAACGAUUACACCACCA